UAUCCUGUCGGCUGGCGGCAACAUCCUCCCGUAAGACGCUCGCCGGCCCAGGUCGUUCGCUAUGCCAGACUUAAUUUGGACCGCGACGAAUUUCCUGCUCCUGGUGCUGGUACCGGGCGUCCUGUUCUGGGUGUUCAAGCGUCGUCACGCUCACGGGCUGUUUCGACGACACGGUAUACCGGGGCCCAGUCCGGAGCUUUUCUGGGGCAACUGGAACCAACUCAAGAAGGAUCGCCUCCAGGUGAUGCAACAAUGGGUCGACCGGUACGGGAAGGUGUUCGGGUUCUUCAUGGCCGAAAAACCCUGCAUGGUCGUCACGGAUCUGGACCUGGUGCGGCAGAUCUUUGUCAAAGAGGCGCACACCUUCACAGACAGGCCGCAGGUCGUCCUUGAGGUGGAGCCCUACAUUAGUUCUCUGGCUUUUCUCCGGGGCGAGGAAUGGAAGAAGGUGCGCACCGUGCUCAAUGCCACCGUCACCGCCAGCAGGGUGAACCGUUGCUCUGGAAUCGUGAGCGGAUGUGCGAAGGAACUUGUGCGAGUCCUCGAAGGGCAUCACGAACGUGACGAGCUUGUCGAUAUCAUGGACGUGGCCGAGGGAUACUCCCUAGACGUUAUCACCAAGUGUGCACUGGCAUGGAAGGUAAACUGCCAACUGAAGUCGGACGACCCGUUGCUGCUCGGGCUCAGGCGAAUAUUUGAAGAUUUAGACUCAACCGCCAUCGAGAGCACUCUCGCCCUGCCUGGAAUAAGGGGCAUCCUUAAGCGUAUCUACCCGCUGACCAGUCUUUCUAAAAUGCUCCAUCGCAUCGCCGAAAACGUGCGCGACACUGUGGAGAAGCGGCGCCUAGGACAAAGCCCCCGUGAAGACGACAUGCUUCAGAUGCUGCUUGACGCUCAAGCCGGUGUUGAGGACAAGACAUACAACGUGCAGAAGAGCGGUCUUCUCAUUGAGGACCGUCACGUCAUUGGCAACUCCCUCGUUCUUCUUGCCGCUGGCUUCGAGACAACAGCUACGGCGAUUGGAUUCACGCUCUACCUUUUGGCCACGAAUCCCGAAGAACAAGAAAAAGUACAUUCCGAGAUUGACGCCGUGUUACACUACGACGAUGAGAUCUCCCUGGACAGCAUCCAGAAUCUCAAACGCCUGGACAUGGUGAUCAACGAAAGCUUGAGGCUGUACCCUGCCCUCCCAAUUCUGAUUGCAAGAAUAUGUCCCCGGGACAUGACCGUGAUGGAUCAGUUCAUUCCGGCUGGAGCCUCUGUUUUCGCUCCCGCUUGGCACAUCCACCGAGAUCCCGAGUCCUGGCCCGAGCCCUCCAGGUUCCUCCCGGACAGGUUCGCCGAAGAGCACCCGGAGCGCCAUUCGCUCGCGUUUAUUCCGUUCGGCCUAGGGCCCAGGUACUGCUUUGGGAAAAGAUUAGCUUUGCUCGAAGUCAAAAUGGCGCUUUGUGAGAUUCUGCGCAAGUACAGGGUGAUCCCAAGUGAAGAGACGGUCGAUCCUAUCCCAGUGACGGUACCCAACCUGGUACUUCGUCCAGUAGAUGGCAUCAAACUGAAAUUCGAGAACAAAGCAGAGCGGUGAAUGAACACUUAACGGAACAAAGUGAAAUAACGCACAUGAGCGAGUAAACAUGGUUGCAAAAGUU